AUGUCGGGCAAUGGAGCUUUCACGCCUGCUGUAUUAGAGCCGGCCACUUCAUCAUCUGCCGGCGCGGAAGCAAAUUCAGAUGAGUGGCAUGUCUUCAGAAAGCAAGACAUGAGAAUGUGUGAUUACCAUUUCCGAAGAUCACCAGCACCAUCAGGACAGGUAGACCAUGUCAGCUCUCUGUCAGAAAAUCUGGGGGAUCUCAUUGAAAACUCGGAGUACAGUGACAUUACUAUUUUGGUGGAAGGGGUUCCUUUUAAAUGCCACAAGGUUAUCUUGGCUGCAAGGUCAGAGUACUUUAGGGCCUUACUGUAUGGUGGUAUGCUUGAAUCUCAGCCUGGCACCAAGGAAAUAGAACUCCAAAAUACAUCGGCCAAAGCUUUUGAUGCUUUGCAGAGAUACAUGUAUACAGGAAGGAUGAAUUUGGUGGAGGCUAAGGAAGAGAACCUGCUGAACAUAUUAGGCCUGGCUCACCAAUACGGCUUUGUGGAACUGGAGAGUGCUAUUUCUGAUUACCUAAAGGCCACUUUAAACAUUCGAAAUGUGUGUCUGAUUUAUGAUCUUGCCAAUAUGUACAACUUGACAUCUUUGUGUCAAGUUUGCAAGGAAUUCAUAGACAGAAAUGCUAUGGACAUUCUUCACAGUGAAUCUUUUUACAGUCUCUCACAGUCAUCUGUUAAAGAAUUGCUGUCCCGUGAUUCCUUCUGUGCUCAAGAAAUAGAUAUCUUUGACGCCAUAUACAAGUGGUCUGAAUACAACCCCGGACUUGAUGCUGGCCCCAUCCUAGAAGCUGUACGACUGCCUCUGAUGUCCAUGCAGGAUCUUUUAAAUAUUGUGAGGCCAACUAGAUUGGUAUCUGCGGAUGCCAUUUUGGAUGCUAUUAAGGUUCUUACAGAAUGUCGAGGAAUGGAUUUAAAAUACAGAGGUUUCUUAGUUCCUGAAGAGAACAUUGCAACGGUUCCCCAUGGCAGCCAAGUGGUUAGAGGUGAAAUGACUCAGGCUUUGCUUGAUGGGGAUACACAGACUUAUGAUUUUGAUAGAGGAUUCACUCGUCAUCCUAUAGACGGCAACAAUGGCCAAGGGAUUGUCGUCAAGCUGGGACAACCAUAUAUCAUUAAUACAAUUAAAAUGCUUCUUUGGGAUCGAGAUAUGAGAUCUUAUUCAUACAUAAUUGAAGUGUCAAUGGAUGACAAAGACUACCAACGUGUAAUUGAUCACAUUCCAAGUGAGAAUGUGGCCACAAUCCAAGCAAGUGCAUGUGUAAUUGAAGGAGUGAGUCGCAGCCGUAAUGCUUUGAUAAAUGGGGACAUCCGCAACUAUGAUUGGGAUUCAGGCUACACAUGUCACCAGUUGGGCAGUGGUGCCAUUGUGGUGCAGUUGGCACAGCCCUACAUGUGCAGCUCCAUGAGGAUAUUAUUAUGGGAUUGUGAUGAGAGGAGUUAUAGUUAUUAUGUGGAAGUUUCCACUGAUCAACACCAUUGGGUAAUGGUGGCCGACCAACGGAAUGAAGCUUGCAGGUGA